UUGAUUUACGCAGCUCGACAAAGAAAGAAAAACAAACCACAUUUUCGAGUUAACACAAUUAAUACCUAGGUAUAGGUACGAUUAAACACAAUCAAACCGGCGUGAGUCACUGGAGUGAGGCUUCAUCUUUCUAGCCAGUAUGGCCGAUGCCCGCAAAGAGGACGCUCCCCCGAGCUACGAAGAAGUCAUGAGUGCCUCCUCUACACAUGAUUCCGGGUUGAUAUCCGGCGUGCAUCACGGAGCACCAACUGCGCCACCGCUCACAAUGCACGCGCCCUCAUACGGGGCUUUUGAGACGACUCCGGUCAGCGUGGUCAUUCAACCGCCUGUUCCUCCAAUAGCCACAGAGAUAAUAGUGAUUGGAGGUUGCCCGGCCUGCCGCAUUGGCUUACUAGAGGAUACCUACUCAGCCGCCGGUCUGUGCUGCGCCAUCUUUUUCUUCCCCCUUGGAAUUCUGUGUUGUCUGGCUAUGAAGGAAAAGCGCUGCAGCAACUGCGGCACUGUCUUCUAAGCAAAGGCCUAUCCAUUACUCCUAGCGCUAUUGGAUUUGGUCGUCUCUGAGCCUGUGACUUCUUUAGCUACAUAUAUAUUUUUGAUAUCACAAAACGCCACUAUUUUAUUUAUUGUUAUUUUAUUAUUGUUAAUCGUUAGCUCUGCAAUAUCACACACUAUAUGUAAAUAAGAACCAUGGGUCUUUCCAGAUUAAGAAACAUACACAUAUAUUAUAGUCAUAGUAAACAUAGUCCCAUUCGCAGACGAAUCUAUAUCCGUUAAAGGGAAUUUAUUGACCCGUACGCAUGUAUUUGUUAAAGAUAAGAUGCUUAUUGGCAUUUGGCAGCGACAAAGUGACUUCAAGUUCAAAAUAAAGUACUGUUUUUAGCUAAAAAUGUAAAAA